AAGCAGACCCAUCAGCAACGUCUGAGAGGUAUUUUUUUUGUGAAAUCUGUGGAGAAACCUUUUCACAGAAAUCACUACAUUACCAACAUGUAAAGGUCCACAAAGUCUGGAACCAGAACUCUGAUAAACUGACGUAUUGUUGUCCCACCUGUGGGAAAAAUGACUCUACUUACAGUGGCUUAGUCAGACACAUGGUUGUCCACACAGAGUUGAAACCAUUUUCUUGCAAAACUUGUGGGAAAGGUUUUAAACAUCAGUCACAUCUGAAUGCUCACGUAAAGGUCCACACAGGAGAGAAGCCAUUUAUUUGUAAAAGUUGUGGAAAAAGUUUUUACCAAAAUUCCUAUUUGACUCGUCACAUGAAGAUCCACACAGGAGAGAAGGCACUUUCUUGUGAAACAUGUGGAAAACCUUUUAAAUUUCAGUCACAUCUGAAAUGUCACAUGAAGAUCCAUGAAGGAGGGAAGCCAUUUAUUUGUAAAACAUGUGGAAAAGGUUUUUACAGAAGUACUUAUCUUAAUCGUCACAUGCGGAUCCACACAGAAGAGAAGCUGUUGAUUUGUAAAACAUGUGGAAAACAUUUUAAUCAUCAGUUAGACAUGCAUCGUCACAUGCAGAUCCACACAGCAAAGAAGGCCUUGGUUUGUAAAAUAUGUGGAAAACUUUUUGAAUAUCCUUCAGGUCUGAAUCGUCACAUGAUGUCUCACACGGGAGAGAAGCCUUUUUCUUGUAAAACUUGUGGAAAAUCUUAUCAUCAAAAAUCACAUCUUCAAARUCACAUGAAAGUUCACAAUAAAUGAGCUGAUGUUCUUCA